AAAAUCAAGGUUUGGCGUCAUCGGACAUCCACCUUUGCUCCCCAACGUCAUGGUUUGUGAGAAGUCCCCAACCAUGGUUUGAGAAGUCAUUUCUGGGCGCGGGCAAGCGCGGAAUUGGAUGAGACAAUCUUCAACCCCAAUUCCAGUGUCCACCAUCCCCUGUAACGUCACAGGCUAACAGAUCAACUCCGCCAAACCGAUACCAUGCCGGACUCUUUGACAAUCCAGCUCGUCAACCAGACCACGUCGUCCAAUGUCUACGCCUACAUCACCGGCCUCGCACUGCAGCGCGACUGCGCGCGCGUGCUGCUCAAGGCCGACGGCAAGGGGCUGCACUACCCUGCGUCGCCCGCUGGCGGCAAGAUCCUGCAGCCGCUGGCCGAAGACUGCGCGAUCGCGCUGGGCGCUCCGGGCAACACGGCGACGGUGACGAUCCCGCAGAUUGCCGGCGGGCGCAUCUGGUUCAGCGCCGGCGAGCGCAAGCUGACCUUCCUGCUCAACCCAGGCGGCCCCGGCGGCGGCGCCGCCCUGGUCGAGCCGUCGGUGCUCAACCCUAGCGACCCCAACGCCGGCGUCGACUUUUGCUUCUGCGAGUUCACCCUCAACAGCGACCAGCUCUUCGCCAACAUCAGCUACGUCGACUUCGUCGCCCGCCUGCCCAUCGCCCUGACGCUGCGCACCCGCACCGGCGCCGUCCAGCACGUCAGCGGCAUGCCCGCCGACGGGCUCACCCGCGUGUGCGACGGCCUGUGCGCCCAGGCCGCCCGCGACGGCAGGCCAUGGGACAAGCUGAUCGUCUCGCGCGACGGACAGCCGCUGCGCGUGCUGAGCCCGACGCACGGCGAAGCUGUCGGCGCGAGCUUUACCGGCUACUUUGAGCCGCUGGUCGACGCGGCGUGGCAGCGGUACCGCGAGCAGCAGCAGGCUGAAGCCCGGGGGCGGGCGCAGGGCGAGCCUCAAAAGCACGGCCCGAACCUGCUCGCCCGCCUCGAGGCGAAAGCCCAAGGCCAAGGCCCAGACCAGCAGCAAGCACAGCAAUCACAGCAACCCAGCGCCGGCUGCGCGCUCCUGCGCAUCAACACGCAGGCGGCGGCGGGCAUCGUAACGGGGUCAGUAGCCGCGCAGUCAGACGAGCUCAUACUGGCAGGCGAGUCAUUCAAGCGGCCGACGACGGCCGACAUACUGGGGUGCAACAGCGGGCCGUUCACAACAGGUCCGUCGGCGACGCGCAACGCCAUCAUCCCGCGGCUGGCAGCAGCAUUCCAGCGCAGCGCCAUCGCGGCCGACGGCGUCGACGAGCACCCGUCGCAACCGGACACGUUCUACCGCUGCGAGCCCACCAACCACUACUCGCGCGUCGUGCACGCUGCCAACCUCGACGGCAAGGGCUACUCGUUUGCCUACGACGACGUGCAGCCCGACGGCGGCGCCGACCAGUCCGGCAAGGUCAACGCCGGCGACCCCGACGUCUUUGUCGUCGCCGUCGGCGGCGGGGGCGCGUAUGUCGGGGACAGGAUGCCCUGAGGAGAUGUUAAUGGGAACUUGACCACAUGGGGGCGUGGUUUGACGUUCGGUUGAUCCUGUGAGCGCUCAGGUAGAGAACAGCGAUUACCAAUUGCUAUUCAUCACAAAUGUAUAUACCAGCUACGUAUGGUUCCUUAGCCGGAUAGUGUGACAACAAUUCUAGGAAUACUAAGACGCUGUUGAAAAA